GAAUCUGUAUGGAGCAAGUUUUCGUUGGGGUGGGAGGCUGGGGUCUCCAGUCUGACUCCGUGUACCAGGGGGCGAGGGAACCCAGAAGCCACGGGAUUAAAUACCUGUCCUUGUCACACACCUGCUAGAAAAGAUUUCUUUUGGGCCACAGCUGCACAGACGAAGAGAGUGACCACCGGCUGUAGAGUCUUCAACCGAUUUGCUGUUCUGAUCGCCAGCUUCCGGAAACGCCAACAUGCCAGCCGAGCGCUGGCUAAAACAUGUGCCAAUAAUUUGAAAUGAUUUGCUGAAGGCGGUAAUCCGAUUCUUAUCGAAACCGUUCUAGAUGACUGACGAAAUGACAAAAGAAAAAACAUCUAAUGUAGUCUCGUGCAUUUUUUGUAUGCCACGGCUGGGAUGACCCUAUUCAGAUUUGGCGUACACUCGCACGCGAUUUACAACGUUUUAUUUCCUUUUAAAAACAAACGUGGAACUAACACAUCUCGGGAAUCUUUCACAGUGUGGAUUUGAGUCUUUUCACUUGUCAGAGACUUGAGUGUCUGCAGCCCAACCCUCUUUUCACCGCAGUACGUCUCCAGCGUUUUGCUCGAUUUGGCGAUUCGGACCAUGGGAAAAUAACCGGUCUCCCCCCGCCAACCCCCGCUGACUCAGGAGCGCCACCUCUGGCCGGCGAAGGCGUUUCAUGCCGACGAGCCGCCGCCGCCGCCACCCCCUCGCAGGGCAGGGCUCCGUCUGUGAAGCGCUGGUGAGGCACGGGUCUCUGGGAUCUCUCCGCAACCCAGGGAGAAGGAAGGGGCGGGUGUGACGUCCUUGCCUUCCUGCCCCCGGUCAGUGCCUUUGGGAAGACGGCAUGGAGCCACUGGCGUGAGCUGCUAGGGAAUUCAUGCGGACUGCAGACGCCCGCGCCCAAGCCGUGGGGGAGUCUUCCGAACGCAGGGCAGCCUCGCUCCGAAACGCAGCCCCUCGCGCCCGACCCGCACCAUGAUGAGCUCGAAGCUGCGCUACCUGGUGAUGUUCCUAGGCGUCCAGCUGGUGGUCAUGGCGCUGCUCUACCGGGAAGGCUACCAGAAACGCGUGGCCUACUUCUUCCGCAUCCUGCGGAAGGGGGAGGUGUCCCAGGCCACGACGGUGAUGCAGCCGGCCACCCACAACGUGACCGACCCCCGCUUCAGGGACAUCUACGCCAACCUGAGCCUCCAGGCCAAGUCCACAGUCAAAGAGGAGCUCCUGCCCUACUGUCCCACGGAGUCUCCUCUCAUCAGCGGUCCGUUCCGGGUCACCUUCCCGUCCAAGCUGACCUUAGAGGAUGUGAAACGCAAGAACCCGCUGGUGGUGCGCGGGGGGCGCUACAGGCCCCCGGACUGCGAGUCCAAGCACCGCACUGCCGUCAUCAUCCCCCACCGCAACCGGGAGCAUCACCUGAAGUACCUGCUCUACUACCUGCAUCCCUUCCUGCAGCGCCAGCAGCUCAACUACGGCAUCUACGUCAUCCACCAGGCAGGGAACUACACCUUCAAUCGGGCCAAGCUGCUGAAUGUUGGAUUCAAGGAGGCCAUGAAGGAGGAGGAGUGGACCUGCAUGUUCUAUCACGACGUGGACCUCAUCCCCGAGGACGACCGCAACCUCUACACCUGCGACCGCCACCCCAAGCACGUCUCCAUCGCCAUGGACAAGUUUGGAUACAAGCUGCCGUAUAACACCUACUUCGGGGGGGUGUCUGCUCUGACUCCCGAGCAGUACUUGAAGAUGAACGGUUUUCCCAACAACUACUGGGGCUGGGGAGGGGAGGAUGAUGACAUCGCCGUCAGGGUGGCGUUAAGCGGGAUGCUGAUCUCCCGGCCCUCCGUGCAGGUGGGCCGCUACAAGAUGAUCAAGCACGAACACGACAAAGGCAAUGAAGAGAACCCUAAAAGAUUUAACCUUUUGGCGAAGACCAGGAGGACGUGGAAACAGGAUGGAAUGAACACAAUGGAGUACAGAGUCCUGUCGAAGGAGUACAUGCCUCUGUAUACCAACAUCACAGUGGACAUAGGCUCCGAGAAAGGACUGCACCCCAGGACUUGAGGCCGGGGUCUGUUGUUACCAAGCUGGCCGGGAAGGCCUGGACAUCCAGACAGAUCCUUCAUUCCUAAAUCAAGAAACGUGGGAGGGAGGGGCUAAUCUCUCUAGAAGGAUAUCCUUUCUUUUAUAAAGAUGGCACUUUACGGCGCAAAAAACCAUUGAAGGACUCUUUUCGUACAUUAAAUCCUUUUUUUUUUAAUUAUAAGACACGGACACAGUUAUAGAGCUAUUCUUUUUUUAGAAAAAAACCCCACAAAGUCCCUGUGCUUUUGGCACAAGUGCUUUCCAAGGUAUGGACUGAGAGAAAGGACUGAGCUCAUAACUGAUAUCAGCUUUGUGAACAAUUACCUCUGUUGCCUUAACUUUGCUCUCUCUUUCUCUCCUCUCUCGCUCUCACUCUUUCGUGGAUGGGUGGGGUCUGAUCAGGGUAGGACCCCCAACGAAGGGGUUAACUUCACUGCCUCGCUGAAAACUUGAAGGAGAAUCCAACCAUUAAUUUAAAAAAAAAUACGAAAGCCUGUUCAUGCCAGACAUAAUGACUGCAGCUGUUUCACUACACGAGCUGUUCUAGUCUUGAGAAUAAUGCAGACCACGCUUCUUAAACUUCACACUAAAACAGUUAUGACUAAACGUGUACCGUUUUCCCAAAACGUGGGAUUGUACGAUACCACUGGGCAUCUUUCUUUGCGGAGGUUGAUGUAGUAUUAUUGCGUAUCUGCACGCACACUACAGAUCCAAAACGAAACAGCCACUGAACCACAACAGGCUUGAAGGACUAGGAAAUGUAUUGUUCUCCGUUUGUCUUGAUUGCAGGCACUGGCUCUCUACAGUUCUUCUAUGUAUUCUGGUCAGUUAAAAACUGCAUCUUCUCGGAAACAGAAGACUAGUUAAACGUGACGUUUAACAUCUGGCCCAUUUAUUUAUAAGAUCCAGGAAGCUCGCCUCUCGUUGCAAGGUAUUACUAAAUGUAACUCCUUAAAAGCUUUCUUAGAGGUUUACUGCAGGUUGUCUUCUUGUUGAGAAACCUGGAAUAAGAAAUCCAUCUAUUGGAUGGUUCUUGAGAGAAAGUAGGCCACAACUGUAGUGUGUAUUGAUACAACUCCCCAGCGUACUUUCAGUACUCUCUAUUGAUUUUACUACCUGGUUUUUGCGUAUCUUCUCUCUAUACCAUUUUUAAGGUUUCAGUGCAGAUAUAGUCUUAAUGGCCCGUGUAUCAUAUGUGGACAGUUCGCUUCUUGCAGUGAGGAAGUGAUGCUCUUUCGUGAGGAAGAUGCGGCCGUGAUCCCGUUUCAGUCAAUGCUUGGAUAUCUAAUCUGUUAGCCACGGAAUUGAAUUUAAAAGAUCUAGUCCUUUUUUAUGGCUCAUGAAACAAUCACAGCAAAGGAGGUGCUCCUGAGCCCUUGCAGAAGGUCAGUGUCUGACACGAACAGGCUCAGACUCGAAUCCCAGACCAAGUACAUCUCUUGUCCUAUUCCUUCUCUUGCCGAGAUCUGUAUAGAUCGGAGGGGCCUUAAAAACAAGAGAAUCGGAAGCUGCUGUGUGGUGUUGGUCGUUUUAAGAGCCACGUAUUUCUGCUAGAAAUGACACUACCCUUUGGCGCUCUGCAACCUUGUGAGCACAUGAGCCGUUUCCAUUUCACAGACUUGUUUUAAUUUUGAAUACUUUCUUUUCACUCAUGUUUACACACUACAGUACAGGUUUGGGAGCACGGCUGCUUUUUCCCCAGUUAGAACUGGAUCAUUUAAGACGAGAAGGAACAUUUUUGUCUUUUCUUUAUACCUGGUGUUGUAUUAGAGCAGCAGGACUCUUAGGUAGAUUUUAACUUUGGAAACUUUAAACUCUUUGUGCAGCAACAAUCUUAAAAACUCAAGGAAUGCGUAAUACGGGGAGAACUAAGGUGGGAGUUUAACCUAAGGAUUUUUAUGAAACUGGCAACCUUGUGUAUAUGUGCCUGUCUUCCCUAAUCGCUGGGCCUGAUUGAAUCAUAUUCUGUGAUGUCAUAGGUCAAGUGUUUAAUCAUUCCAGGAUUCACUCUUUCCAGCUAGUUAGUUUCCAAAUCUCCAAAUUCAUCCUUUCCUUUCUUUACCACGUUUUUUACCAUUCUGAUCCCGUUCCCCUUUUGCCUGCAGCCUAACGAAUUGUCGCUUGUUUUCCGUUUGGCGCGGGAUAUUGUUGGAUUUUAGUUACAUCUGUACCUACCCAAAGUCUCUCUUAUCAGAGGCUUGUCAGGCUGGAUAGCAAACUCCUUAAUAUAUUAAAAGUCUGGUGUGCAAGGUGAGAUGAACUUCUGUUUCUGGUGCAGUGGGAAAAGGGUGUAGGAAUUACUGGACCAAACCCAGCUUGCUCUAUUGGCAUUGCUCAAUCUGCCAGAAUCGGUGGUAUCUAAAGAAAACUACCGUGAACUCCUUUCCUAAGCCUAUGUGCAUGGAAGACUCAGCACAUAGCCUUUCAGACGCUUCCAGUUGCACACUUGCUGAUUGAAACGUAGUCUCUAAACUUGAUAUCUCCAGAAGCACUGCUCUUGGUUCUGUGCAAAUUAUUGUCAUUUAGUUCCCCUUGAUAUUCUUGUGCAGUUUGAAUAGUUCGUUCUGGUGAUGGUUUUGGCCUCAGUAUCUCUCUGUCCUGGUCUUUUGGGAGCUGAAAUGUGGUCUGGAAGCUCAAUUGCAGAGCCAGAUCCUUGAACAGGGAUCCUUAUUUUCCCCAUUUCAAUCUUUGGCCCCGUACAAAGUCUUACAAUAUCUGAUUUUUGAGCCAAUCAGCAGCUAUUCAUCUAUUGAGGCUUUUAAGAUCUCCACUGCUUCAAAUGAGCUGAUAAACUCUGUGCGGGGGAAGUAAUCAUUUUUCAGAUCUUUAUCAUGCAGCCAGUUGCUAGGACUCGGAUAACCACACUCAGGAAAGAGGUCCUGUUUCUGUCUUAUGUUCAUCGGAUUGGUUUGUCAUGAUGCUUCUUUCAGUAGUUCUGUCUGAAUAUUUUUACCGGGUGUGUUAUGAAGUGAAAUAGAAUUCUGUUUACUUCACAAUAUGGAGAAAUAACGGCAGCCACAUCUCUAGAUGUUUUUGCUCUUCUGCUGCAGCAGGGAGGGCGGCACUAAGUGCGAGUUCAGGGAACGAACUGGCUGAUUUCCAGUUGGCAUUGUGAAGUCUCUGGGUUACGUCGCUGGGCAUCAGUGGGAACAGAAGAGGAAGUCUUUCAAAAAUGCGGCUCUGGUUGAAAACCCCGGCUCAAGAAUUAGACACUGCCUUCCCUCACAUGUUCCAUGACAAUCUGGUGUCCGUCCCACGUGCUGUGCACCCAGCCUGCCAUGGCUUGUGCCUCUUAGCCUCUCGAUUCCCUCUUCUUCUUGAUGGGGUGAGGAGGAAGAGGUCCCCCCCCCAGAAGCGCGAGCGAGCAGUGAUUUGGGAAGAGGCGCUCCGGGUCACGCGCAUCUCGGGGGACCUGCAGGGGGGAGACCGCGGGGGCGGGGUGGCUGACUAACCCCACUCCCCGCCACUGGUGCAUCACCACUGGGCCCACCACAGUCACGGUCCACUGCUGUUCCUUUCGUACCAGGAGCUGUGCUCUGGUCCCAGGUGAAUAAAUACCGCUUUCCUUAAUGUGGCGACUGUUGUGAAGCUGGGAGAGCCUAUUUUACCAGCUGCUAGAUCAGCCCAUAGCCUCAUCAGCCCUGACAGACACCCUAUGGAGUAGCUACCAAUCGGUAAUGAAGAAGGCAAAGUAGGACUAUGGAUCCAUUAUAAUCACAACAAAGAUCUGCUGGCAGUGGGUUUAUCCUAAAACAGUAGAGCCCAUGUCAGAUAUUUUAUUGCUUUAAGGAUUGAGAUUGUAUAUGUAUGUGUGUCUUGGGGGGGGUGGGGGAUUAAAGAGUGAUUUUUCUUAAGCGGUUGGUUCUUUAUAUAACUCCUUUUUAAAAGAAGAAUAUUUUAAGGUCCUCUUGUUGGGAACUGCACGCCCCUUAUGAGGUCUUUAAUCCGCCUUUUGUUUUAAUUGUCGGGCUCGACCGGGGGGGGGGGCUUGUUUUUAGGUGCCUAUGCAGUGCCUGUUUUCUGGCAGUAGCCGAUGCCACGCUCCCCUUUCCAGCGCGAGGCGUAACGAGGGGUUCGCUCUCCCGCUCGGGGGGAGGGGAUGGUGUCUUGGCCCUGCCUGCACAGAUUUGAAAAAAUAAAAUGACAGACCGGUGACUUGUUUGCCGCUGUUUUUUGUAUCCAUGAAAGAUUUCAAUAAAAAAAACCUGGAUUAUAUCUCUAACAAC